UUUAUACAAUAAUCGCCUUGGCCAAAAUGGCAAAGAAGCAGUAUGACCUUCUCUUUAAAUUAUUGCUUAUUGGUGACAGUGGAGUGGGGAAGACUUGUAUUUUAUACAGAUUCAGUGACGAUGCUUUUAAUACCACAUUCAUCUCCACAAUUGGCAUUGACUUUAAGAUAAAAACGAUUGAGCUUAGAGGAAAGAAGAUCAAACUACAAAUAUGGGACACAGCCGGGCAGGAACGUUUCCACACCAUAACAACUUCUUACUACCGCGGCGCAAUGGGCAUUAUGAUGGUUUAUGACAUCACUAAUACAAGGAGCUUUGACAAUAUUUCGAAGUGGCUUCGACACAUCGACGAGCAUGCCUCCGAAGAUGUUGUAAAGAUGUUACUAGGAAAUAAGUGCGAUAUGUCUGAUCGGCGGGUAGUCUCCAAAGAGCGUGGUGAAAAGAUUGCCUCAGACCAUGGAAUUAAUUUUAUGGAAACUUCUGCCAAGGCUAAUAUUAAUGUUGACAAGGCUUUCCAUGAGCUGGCUGAAGCAAUUUUGUGCAAGAUGCCUGAAAGGAAUUCGACCACUGGCGAUCAGCUCAGAGUCCGUCCAAUGCAUCAGUUUAACAGUGGAGGGUCUUCAAAAACUUCCUGCUGUUAUCCUUAA